AACGGCUGCCCCACCCUUCAAACCGAAACGCAUUACUGCUUCACGGCAGAAACAAGCGGGGUGGUGGUAGCUACGCGUGCGGACUCACAAGGGGUCCUACCACCAGUCCAAGCUAUUGGAGUCGGCUUUUGUUUUCUGUUAUCUAUAUAUUAAUACGUGAAGCAAAAACUUUGUACCCCUUUUUACGAAAAUUGCGCGGACGGAGGAGUAUUAAAUUUCCAAUUAUAGCGAUUAUAGAGAAAGAGUGCAGAAUGCUAUUUUUUUCUUAAUUAUUGUUAAAAACUAUUUUUAAACUAACUAUUGUUAAAAAAUACAUACUUUUACGAAUUUAAUAAAUACUUUUAAUUAAUAUAUUAAUCAUAAUAAACAAAAUGACAAAAAAAAAUAAAAAAAAGAUGUCCCUAAUGUAAAUUUCUUCGUACUUGUGGUUCUAUCGAUAGCUAAGAUAAAUAUAACGCUUAGAAAAGCCAAGACAAAAAAAUAAAUUGAUAUAGAUCAAAACAUCAAAAAAUCUAAUCUAUGUAUGUCAAAAAAAAAACUCAAUAAAACUAUUGAGCGGCGCAUACACUCUUCUAAAAUUCAACCCCUGAAAAUGGCGUUCAUAUAAAAGCACACAGUUUAUGAGUCGAGAUUACAUUGCGCGGACGCCACGCGCCAUCACGCGAGUCGAGGCGGGAAGUGCGGUUUCGUAUUUCGAACGAUUCACAAUUUCAAAAUUAGAAACUUUUUUCUUUACUUUGGCACUCUUAUAAAAAAAAAUAACUCGCGCCUUCUUGUGAAUUUCACGUUUAUUUAUAAUCUGUGCUGUGAUAUCGUCUGUGUUUUUUUUUAAAUAUUUUUCUUUUAAUAUUUAAAAUGGCUAACAAAAUAUAUAACGUAGGUUCUGAAAACGAAGAGAAAUAUGGAAGCAAGCACUUUCAAGUAUUAAUGGCUAUUAUUGUUUGCCUGCCAGUAUUCUCGUAUGGUACCGCCAUGGGCUGGAUCUCCCCUCACAAAGCGCUUCUCAUGGGCGAAGACACACCAUCGAACGCCCCCGUCACGGAGACGGAAGUAUCCUGGAUGGCGUCCAUCAUGUUCAUAUUCGCACCGAUCGCCGUCUUCAUCUAUGGCAUUGCUGCUGACAAGUUCGGAAGGAAAAAUGCUCUUCUCUGCUGCUCUAUUCCGAUUGCUGUCGGCUGGAUGAUAAAGUUAAUAUCGGCACAUCCAAUUGCCCUGAUCGGGGCCCGGGCGUUCAUUGGCUUCGGUGCUGGAGGAGCCUUCGUGGUCUGCCCCCUGUACGUCAAGGAGAUCAGCGAAGACAGCAUCAGAGGAAUGACCGGAACCUUUGUUGUUUUUUCACAAACUGCUGGAAACCUUCUAGUGUUCAUCUUGGGUGAUUUUCUACCGUUCAACACCGUGCUGUGGAUACUGCUGGCCAUCCCCGUGGUGCACUUCUGUGUAUUCCUGAAGCUGCCGGAAACACCAUCCUACCUCAUCAAGUGCGGAAAAAAUGAAGAAACAAGGAAGGUUAUCGGUUGGCUCCGUUCGUUGCCUAAGGACCAUAAGCUGGUCAAUGAGGAAAUUGAUCGGCUUAUCGUUGAGCAGACCACAUGCGAGCCGAAGUUCUCUCCAAAAUUAUUAUUUUCCGAUAAGACAGCCGUCAAAGCAUUCUGGGUGGCACUAAUCGUGAAUUUGACUCGUGAAUUCUGCGGUUGCAUCGCGAUCCUGGUGUACGCGAGUCACAUCUUCACGGCAGCCCGUAAAGACCCGAACAUCAGUAUAUCUUUGUCUCCGAACAAGCAGUCUAUCAUGUUGGCAGCUGUUCAGAUCGUAGGCUCAUUCCUGGCCUGUCAACUAGUCGAUAGAGCCGGCAGGAAGCCUCUUCUAGCGGUCACAAGCGUGGUGGCUGGAUUCAGCAUGGCUCUGCUCGGAGUCUGGUUCUACCUCCAGGGCAUUGGCGUGUUCAUGCCUGGAUGGGUGCCGAUAGCAGCGCUCUGCAUCUGCAUAUUCGCAGACGCAUCGGGACUCCAACCGCUACCGUUCGUCAUAAUGACAGAGAUGUUUAGUUUCCAGCUCCGUGGUACAGUGGCGACUUUAGUUAUGGCAAUAUCUCUGGCAACAGACUUCGCUCUGCUGAGACUGUUCGCUCCAUUGACCGAGCUGAUUGGCUAUCACUUCACAUUCUGGAUGUUCAGUUUAAUAUGUCUCUCGAACGUAUUCUAUCUAAUCUUCUGUGUUCCGGAAACAAAAAUGAGGAGCUUAGAGGACAUUUACGCCGAUUUAGAAGGAAAGAAUAAGAGAAAAAAGAAAUCGGACGAAGUGGUUGAAACAAACCACGUCUAAUACUAAAAAGGAUAAGUUCCGUUGGAUAAAUCAUCGAAAGUGCAACUAUGUUUCACAUUUCACUAAUGUCGUAGUCAAUAAUCAAUAAUCUAGAACUAGAAAAUGUUUAAAAUAUCGCCUCAAAUGUGGUUCGCUUUAUUUUCAGAGGCUACGAUUUUUUCUAGAAAUUUCUUUAUGACUAGAAAUUUUGUUUGACACUUAUUAAAUGUUUUUAUUGUUUAUUAUGUGAAGGACGAAUGAUGGCAGUACGGAGGGUAGAGGUAAUAUAUUAAUCUGUGAGUGGAACUUUGUAAUAAAUGUUAUAUAAAAUUAAAUGAAUUUUAAGAUGGCGUACUAUAGCAAAAAUACUGAUUUUGAAAAGGAAUUUGUCAAAUUUUGUUACAGCUUUUUUUUAGUAACAAAUCCUAUGCAUUGAGAAUAUUAUUUCUAUAUUAUUUUAUUAUUACUUCAUUUACUUAAUUAAUUUAGUACACGCUUUCAACUUCAGAUCUUAGAUUGCGAUUACCGCCAUUUUGUCCACCGUUGUCCAAUGAUUUUUGGUGAAAUUACUUUUAAACAAGUAUUGCUUUAAGAGAAACUUACCUCCUCCUGAGCCUCCUAACCCAGUGCUACCACGAAGCAUGAUGCGUUGCCAUAUUAAAGCCAGUUACUUAGUGAUAAUAAUUAUGUGAUAUUAUCAUGUAAAAUAGAACAAAUAUAGGUUAAUUUAAAAUUAAGUAGGAAAUGUAUUUUAAUGGAAGUUACAAUUGGAUGUAGUUAAGCGCAAGGAAUUAAUUGAAAAUUGAGUUCUCUGCCGAAAUCGACCGACGGAAACUAACGAAGAAUGACCAAUAUAAAUAUUUUGGAACGAAGUUCCUUAUGGGACGAUGCGGAGGGGUAGCCUAACCGGGAAAAAACGUCCGUAACAUAAGAUUUUUAUUAGUAACGCACAUAGUGUACGACUUAACUUUGUAAUAACGUACAAAAAAUAACAUAUUUUUUUAUCAACAUUAACCAUCCGAUCUCAGAGCGUUCGUUUGCUCAAUACACUAACUCAUAGGCAAACAACCGUGAAUGAAGUGUACCACAAUAAGUUCGCACGUUACCGAAUGACCGUGGGUUGUUGCGAAACCUCCAGUUUUAUUUUCUUUAUACCUCGAAUAGAACAUAAAAUUAAUAUUUUUAUAAUAAGGAACCUCGUUCCUAUCCGGUGUCCCACGACACCACACAUCUUUUUUAUGUACUUACCGACAAGGACGUCAUUCAGUGAACGUCGGUAAAUAAGAUGUCUCUGCUCAGAAUUCAAUUAAAUGUGUUCUAAACUUUCGAAGAAUUGGUAACUACAAAUUUAUAUACUUAAAUAUAUUUUAUAUAAUUAUAAUUGAAGCGUUUCCGUUUUGGGUGAGUCCUUUCUGCCUAACCACGUCCAAUUGAACUUAGACAACGGCACUUUGAAAAGUCGAUUGUCAUUAUUUCUAAUUUCAACUUUAUUAUAAGACACGAAUAUGUACCCGUCGACCGCAUUUGCGAUUUUAACAUGUCAAAAUGCCUUGAAAAGGUAAAACCAAAACUCACAACAGCAAACAUAUUUAGUUUUUAUGGACCUAAAGUUCAUGGAUGCUCUUGAAAUUGUACAUUUACCGCCAUUUUUUUUUGGUAUGUUAUGAGUUUUGAAAAACUGUAAAUUCAUGUGGUGGCAUAAUAUUUGUCUAAUUUGAAAUGUACAAUUAAGCUUGAAGCUUUUCUAUAAUGCUAUGGUAAAAAAAUGUCUACGUAAUAAACAAAUGACACAAUAAACUGAUAAAAUUCCAUAAAA